AUGGCAUUCUUGGGAGCUGCGGUUAGUGUUGUGAGUCUCAGCCAGGCUAUCGGAGAAGCCUCCAGUCGCAGUUGCACCAUAGAAAUUAAGAAUAACAGCAAUGUCUACUCAGCUGUCAACCCCAAAGUCUGGAUGAUCAGCGGAUACAACGCCCACCCUCCCCCACCCACUGUGGGCAGCAAAGAAAAGGGGUUAUGUGCCUUCUGCAAGACAGGAGGCACUGCCUGUGGGGCUGUGGGUGUGCUGACCUACGACCUGUUCAUCAAAGAGAAACGCCGCUCUGAUAAGAUGAUGGCCAUCAUGUUCUCUGUGCCUUUUGACUACACCUACUAUGAGAACUGGCUGGCGGUGGGCAUUUUUGACCGAGCUCAACCAUGUGACCACGCACUCUACAAUCUCAUGUACUAUGAGUCUGACUCUACAUUCAUUCGUGCCAGGGCCACAGACCCUAGUAUAGUGUACACAUGGGGGUCAGUGGAGAUCAGGGCUUCCAUGAGCAAUGCAAAAUCAGCUAUUGUUCAGGUGGAGAUCCAUGAUAAGUGA